AUGUCGUCGCUUCAAGUCAGAGGGCCGGACUUUUCGGUCACAAAGCAGAAAGCCAUUGAAGAUGCAAAGAAAAUGCAAAAAGUGGUUGCCGAGCAGUGCUCAAAAGUCGGAAAGGACCCUCCACAGUAUCGGCUUUCAGAGCUCAUUGGCAAAGGCAGUUUCGGUCGAGUCUACAAGGCCACCUCUCUAACAACGAAUCAGCUGGUUGCCGUCAAAAUCAUCGACAUUGAAGAGAGUGACACAGUUAACCCCAAGCUCGCCGAUACAUAUAGCGACUUGCUUAAGGAAAUUAGUGCCCUGCAACUGCUCAGCAACAGUGGCGCCAGGAACAUCAAUCAUGUUAUCGAUGCUCUGCCUGUCGGACAGUCCAUGUGGAUGAUUACAGAAUACUGCGCUGGAGGCAGCGUGGCUACCCUUAUGAAACCAACCUCACCGGGUGGCCUUCAGGAAAAAUGGAUUAUCCCCAUUUUGCGCGAAGUGGCCGAGGCUGUCUACUGGGUUCAUGGCCAGGGUAUCAUUCACAGAGACAUCAAGUGUGCCAAUAUCUUAGUCACGGAGGAGGGAAACGUCCAGCUUUGUGAUUUUGGAGUUGCUGGUGUUAUCGAAACCAAAUUUGACAAGCGCUCAACAGUCAUUGGCACACCCCAUUGGAUGGCCCCGGAACUGUUCGACCCUGCGGCUUCUUAUGGUACUGAGGUGGAUAUAUGGGCUUUUGGCGCCAUGGUCUACGAAAUUGCAUCGGGUCUACCACCAAGCGUAGCUGCAGGCAUGAUGGACUUCAACAGACUAGGCUCAUACCUCAAACAACACAUCCCUCGACUUGAUGGCGACCGAUAUUCCCAAGGGUUGAAAGACCUCGUGGCGUACUGCUUGGUUGAUGACCCUAAGAAACGCCCACCAAUUGAGCAAAUUCAGAGACACCGUUACAUAUCCAACACACAGGAUGCUUAUCCUGCUUCGAGUUUGGCACACUUGGUUAGAGGCUACAAGUUGUGGGAAGCUCAAGGCGGUGUUCGCAAGUCCCUCUUCUCCGCAGGAGGAGCCCAGGGGCCAUCUGACCUCGCUAACUUGGCCUUGGACAAUGAUGAGUGGAACUUCAGCACAACCGCUGCGUUCGAUCAACAGGUGCUCCAAACUGGCGACGCUCAAGCUGUGUUUGAUGUUUAUGGCUCUAACGUCGACUUCAAGCAUGAUGAGUUCGACGAUGCUUCUAGAACCCAAAAGCCAAAAUCACGUCGGCGUCCGCCACCUCACCUUCCUUCCGUCAAGGCACCAUUGGAAAAGCUAUUUGACCCAAAUACGAUAUCGAACUACGAGGACAACUCACGAGCAUAUUAUGGUCGUCCGUUUCCUCCGCCUACUGCCGAUUUCACCCCUCCACCCCCACCUCCUGCGUCGGAUUUACCGCUUAGAGACGACUCAUCUCAGUCUCCUGGAGUGAGAGAAUCCUUGAUUGAUCUUGACAUGUCCCUAGAUGGUAGCAACCUCUCCGAAUUUGUUGACCUGAACACAAUCAGAGCUGGAGAUCCUAGGGCAUCGACCGACUAUGACUUUGGAGAUGUCUCCUAUAAUAAACCACCACUUAGUGAUCCAGCAGAUAUGAUGAACAACAACCGCAGGACACGAGAUUGGAAGUUCCCUUCCAUGGCCCCUCCCGCGUCAGCAAACCCGGAAAUGUUCAGAUUUCCAUUCAACGAUGACCAAGGGCCAAGUACCAGCCGCCUGAUCCACCCUCCGACAGAGCCAAUCCAGCCUUCGGCGCAGUUCAACGACCUUGCGGUUCCCUCCCCAGUCAACAACCGAGCGUCGUCAGGCAGUCUCAUUGAUUUGGACAUGGGUCUAGCUGAUCCCGUUCCUAUGAGCGACUAUACAAGGCCGUCCACAUCACACUCGGAUGUAGGAUCAUUGGCUGGCUCGGAAUUAGGAGGGGCCGAUCCUUUCCAGCUAGAAAAGCACGCCUCUCUUUACCUUAUGCCCAACAGUAUACGAGAACCAUCCAUCUAUGUAUCUGAUGAUUCUGAGUUUGCAAAUGCCGUUGCAGACCUUUCGCUGAAUAACACCCAGCGACAUGAUCCUCAGAUGUCCUACCAGCAAACACAGGUUCCACUGUAUCAACCCCAGGGACAACCCCAAUCUUCCCAGACCAACGGGAGCAUCUCGAGUGAAAGGCCCUACUCCCUCAGCGAGUUCGCCGAUACUGACCCUGAAUCUUUUACUCAAACGCUUGCCGCCCCUGAACUUCAACCUCCUCCACUUCAGCCUCAAUUAGAUCAGUCACCGGUUCGGGAUGACUACCCUCGAUCUUAUCAACAACAUCCAUCCCUCCCACCUGCACCCACUGCACCCUCACCCCAAGUUAUGGAAGGCCAGGCCUCAUCAGAACAUGUCAAGGAGGAGCUUCGACGCAUGGCCAUGAGCCUAAGUGAUCAUCUCAGCCAUGCGAAUACAUAUUUGUCAGGUCUUCCACUUCGAAGAGCGAGCACAACGAGGAUGGAGUCUAUUGAGACCCCUUGA